AUGCCUGCCAUUCCCCCGUCAGACAUCCCAAAAACUGCUGGUCCGAUUCUGUUGGGAUACCUCCUGAAUUAUGGUCUCCACGGUGUCCUUACGGUCCAGACGUACAACUAUUACAACGCCUUUCCAAAUGACCCCACUAAAGUCAAAGCUGUCGUUUACGGCGUGUAUAUCUUAGAGACGAUCCAAACUGUCAUGAUCACCUGGGACGCGUUCCAGUAUUUUGCCUUCGGAUUUGGGGACGCAUCGGUAUUGAGUCAGGAAAAUUUAGUUUGGUUUGACGGUUGUAUCAUGGACGGGGCAGUUGCAUUUGUGGUACAAACGUACUACGCUCACAGGAUUCAUCUGUUGUCAAAGUCAAAAGUGCUGAUGGGUGUGAUUGUAUUGAUGGCACUCGUGCAAUUCGGGGGUGCCAUCGCCACAGCAGCUAUAGGGAAAAUGGUCGGUCAGUUUUCGAAUCGAGACAAAGAUUUCGUUGCAGCAGGCAUCUGGUUAGGAGGAAGCGCAGCAUGCGAUAUUGUGAUAGCAGUUUCGAUGACCUACAUUCUGUCCAGUUGCGAUCCAGGAUAUCAGGAUACAAAGGACGUUUUGUAG